AUGACAAUAAGACAACUUCAUAAAAAUCAUCAAAGAAAAUGGAAAAGUCAUGAAAAAUUGAAGACUUAUAGGUUAUCUCAAUCUGAGAAGUUUGUUUCUAAUGAAUAUGAUAAUUUGACUAAUAGUGAUAAUGAUAAUACACUUAAUAGCUAUAAUCUGAUUAAUAGCGAUAAUAAUAAUAUAGCUGAUGAAUGUAAUAAUUUGAUUAAUGAAGAAUCUCAUUUAAUCCUAGAAAAAUUUAAGAAUACAUCAAAAUUACCAAAUUUAAAUGCAAUAAAGCUAGUUUCUCUUAUUAAACAUUCAGGACAAAGUUGGAUUUGGUUAUAUUAUCAAUGCUAUAAAGCUAUACUACCUUACAAAACAAUUGUAAGUUGUUUGGUAGAAAUUUAUCGUAAUACUAGUAAAAGUGAAUUAUGUGGACAUAUUAUAGGGUCAGUAGACAGUUCAACAGGAAAUUAUAUUAGACAUUUAGCAACACAGCAUAGUAUUACAGAAAGUUCUUAUAAUGAAAAAACAAAAAAAUCACAACCUUCACAACUUCAAAUUGAUCAAAUGAUUUAUAACAACCCAGAAUGCAAGCGACGUAAAGAUCAAAAAUUUGUUGAAUUUUUAAUUAAAGAUCACCAACCAAUAAGUAUUCGAAAUGAUGAAGGUCUUAAAGAUUUUAUUGCAGAAUUUGAUCCAUCAUACUGA